UGCACACCUCGGAAUUAUCCGAGUUUGAGACGCGGGGACCGGGCGCCCUGCGCCGCUACCGAUGUCGGUCGCCACCACCACCAGCCGAUGAACGUCAACGGCAGUAUGGCAGUCGCAGACAUUGCCCGGCCUCUGACUGUGAACGGGAAGGAGAACGGAUACCACCAUCAAGAACUGGCCGUAGAGGACCUCGAGCGCAUGCUCCCCGACGUCAACGAGGGCCAGGUUCCCUUCGGCAUGAUCGUCUCCCGAGUGGCCCAGCAGAUCUACGCGGAGCUGCAGGAGGUGGCAGAGACACUCCCCGGCAUGUCCGACGUCGCGCGCAAGCGCACCCUCGCGGACUUUGUCGUCGCGACGAAGAAGCAGGUCGUCAAGCUUUAUGCGAUCGCGAAGUGGGCGCGCGACGCGGAGACCGUGCAGAAAUGUCUGAAUCUCGUGGGGUUCUUGAUGAACCUGAAAUACGAGAUCGACUCUGCGAUCGGACGACUGCACCAGAUCCACGACGAGCUCAACCCCGAACGCCUCGGCAACCACGACCUCCUCACCUCCCUCGAUGUCCUCACCACAGGCACCUACCAGCGCCUCCCCACCAUCAUCAAGAAAUCCGUCAUCCCAGUCAAACCCCUCACCAAUCCCGAAGUCGUUUCGACCUUUCGCGAGCUCGAACAGGUCAUGCGCUACCGCUUACGCACAACAGAAUACAUCCCCGUCGAGAUGAUGCAGUACCGAAUAGGUGCGGGACACCAGGGAUGCGACCCGCGCGCCACUCACUCCCCUCAGCCGGCGGCCGCGUCUACUUCACCGUGCCCAACCUCUUUGAAGUUGGUGUUUGCCUGGUUGGCGCGCAGAAGGAUGAUGGCUGGUUCACGACUCACUUCAAAUUUCUGAUUGGGAUCGGCGGGGACGCGACGGAGGGGAGGGGAGGGGGGAGAAGG